GGGGAGGGCGGGGGAGGGCUGGAAGCGGCGCCCGCUCCCAGGGAGCCCGGGGCUUACUUCCGUGUUGGGCCGGUGCGAUGCAGACCCCCCGGGAACGCCGCGUAGGGAAUGCCCGCGCGUCCGUGCUGCAGCGCUCCCUGGGACCCUCCCUGAGAAAGCUCGCAGGCACACUGCCCCGCCAUGGCUGCCCCACCAGGGGAAGGGAGGGUCACUGCGGGUGCUCGCCUCGCUCCUCAUCCUCACAGCAGAGCUCCACGGUCCCCAGACUCUGGCUGAUGUCCGGAUGUCAGCCUGUAGGGGUGACCUCCAGUUAGCGAGGCGUGUGUGCGAGCGCACCCUGUCCUACCUUUCCCUCGAAUAAUCCCAAAAUGUGCACACCGGCCAGCACCCUGUAAAUCGCUCCGUUACAGAGCGGUCGAGCCAUCCUUUACCUAACUGACAGAAGAGACUGGGGCUUGAGGAUCUGGUGAGGGGGCUCUCGUUCUGAGACAGCCUAGUGUAGCCCUGGCUGUCGUGGGAUCCUGUAGAUCUCCUGCCGCUGCCUCUCAAACGCUGGCAUUAAAAGCGUGUGCCCCCACUCCUGGCUCAAGAUUUUUCAUAUGGUGGUUUUUGACCCGGAGGGUCUCUCAAGAGAUCCACCUGCCUCGUCCUCCCAAAGCAGGGAUUAAAGGCAAGCGUAACCAUGGCCAGCUAAAGUUAGUAUUUCUUUUUUUCUUUUUCUUUUUUUUUUUUUUUUUUCCGAGACAGGGUUUCUCUGUGUAGUCUUGGCUGUCCUGGAACUCUGUAGACCAGGCUGGCCUCGAACUCAGAAAUCCAAUGCCUCUGCCUCCCAAGUGCUGGGAGUAAAAGCGUGUGCCACCACUGCCCGGCAAGUUAGUAUUUCUAGUACAACAUUUUUUUUUUCCGAGGCAAGGUUUCUCCGUGUAACCCUGGCUGGUCUGGAACUCAGAGAUCCCCCUGUCUCUGCCUCCCGAGUGCUGAGAUUAUUGCCUGCAUAGCCGCCUCCACCACCCCGCUAACAACUUUUUUUGUAAAUGAGAAGUGGGAAUCUAAAGGAAACUACAGAAAUUGUCUUGACUAGUCUCUAGUGAGAAGUUGCUUCCUCAAGAUUUCAUGGCAGGAUUGUUCUUGCGCCCACCCCCACCCCCCAGUUAUACCUGUUUGUUUUCUUCUCUCACUUUUUUAGGUUUUCUCUUUGAGUAAUCAAAGUGUCUUUUGUCCGUCCUUCAUUUUCUAUUUAGAGUUGGAGGUUUUCAAUUCCUUAUUAAAACCUCAGACUGUAGCUCAGUGGUGUAGCACACUGAGUGCGGAGGCCCUGGAUUUGGGUGUCACAACAAAGCCCAUGCCACUUUGUUUCCUUUAGUGGCUCCUGGGUAACCAUUAACCUAAUGCUUUAGUAUCAAUUUGGAUUCAGUAUGACUUAGCUGUGAGAUUUAAUAUAAUUUCAACAGUUCAGUAGCUGGCUGAGAAAAUAUUUGAAAUACUGUAGGCACCAUACCCCGAGUUCUGUCCUGUUUGCCACUUUGUGCUGACAAUUCAAUGCUUAUUACAGUACUUUGAAUACAUUGUGGGUUUUGUUUUAUGUGUGAGGGAGUUUUUUGAAAAGUAGAAUAAACUAUGAUGGUUCAUGCCUUUGAUCAUAGCAGCUGGGAAGCAGAGAUGUGAAUCUGUGAGUUCUAGGUCAGCCAGAGCUACAUAGUCAAACUGUCUCAAGAAACAAACAAAACUAAGGUAAGAGGGCAGACAGGUGAGAUGGAGCAGUGGGUGAAGGUGUUGGCUGCCAAGGUAAAUUUCAUCUCCAGGAUGGGGGAAGACCAGACCUUACUCUCUUGACCUCUAACCUCCACACAUGUGUAUAUAAUGAAAAAAAGUUUUAAAAAGUAUUGAGGAUAGAAACCAUAUUCAAGAUGACAGAACAGAGCUGGGUUAGAGACUCCUAAGUGGGAUUUUCUCUCUAGUUUUAUUUUUAUUUAUUUUUUCCUCAAGAUAAGGGUUUCUCAGUGUACCCCUGGCUGGAACUUCUUCUGUAGACCCAGGCAGUCCUCAAACCCUGAGAUUUGCUUGCCUCUGCCUUCUGAGUGCUGGGAAUAAAGGCAUGUGCCACCAGCCAAGCUUUGUGGCUACUUCUUAUGUCAACAGUAAUAUAACGGUUUUAUCCCUAUAAAAGGGUCAUUUCUCUGCAGAGGAGGCUCUGAGUACUGUACUGACCAUCUAGCUUGAAAUCCCUCGUUAGCUCACAGGCUGGCCUGCUAAGUGGUAGAUGUGGAUCCUCUUACUUAAAAGAAAUGAGUGUAGCUAGUGCUGUAUUAAGAGUUGAAACCUGGCUUUUGGCAACAUGGCAUGUUAAGGUACCUCCAAUGUGGCUGGAAGCUUGUGUUAACUGGAUCCAAGAAGAAAAUAAUAAUGCUACUUUGAGUCAGGCACAAAUAAAUAAACAAGUGUUGGAGCAAUGGCUUCUUACUGACCUGAGAGACUUGGAACAUCCUCUCUUACCUGAUGACAUUUUAGAACUGCCAAAGGGAGAACUGAAUGGGUUUUAUGCUCUACAGAUCAAUUCUUUGGUUGAUGUGAGUCAGCCUGCUUAUUCACAGAUACAGAAGCUGAGAGGAAAGAAUACAACCAAUGAUCUCGUCUCAGCUGAAACGCAGAGUACUCCAAAACCAUGGGAAGUGAGGCCUUCUCGGAUGCUGAUGCUACAGCUCACUGAUGGUGUCACACACAUUCAGGGAAUGGAGUAUCAGUCUAUCCCAGCUCUCCAUAGUGGUCUUCCUCCAGGUACAAAAAUUUUAGUUCGUGGAUGCAUUUUGUUCCGUCUUGGUGUUCUCUUACUGAAACCAGAAAAUGUGAAGGUGCUAGGGGGUGAGGUAGAUGGUCUUUCAGAAGAAAAUGCCCAAGAAAAAGUACUUGCAAGAUUAAUUGGGGAACUUGAUCCUACAGUUCCAGUCAUUCCAAAUAAUUCCAUUCACAACGUGCCCAAAGUUUCAGGGGGCUUAGAUGCUGUUUUGGGGCCCUCGGAUGAAGAACUCUUGGCAAGUCUUGAUGAAAGUGAAGAGUCUGCAGCAAAUAAUGACGUGGCUAUGGAAAGAAGCUGUUUCAGCACAGGCACUUCCUCAAAUACUACUCCGACAAAUCCGUCUGGUUUUGAGCCAGGAUGUAACAUUUCUUCAAGGCCAAAGGAGAAACCACCAAACCAGCCCACGCAUUUCACUGAUGGAGAAUUUGAUGACUUUUCACUGGAAGAGGCCUUGCUUUUGGAAGAGACUGUCCAGAAAGAACAGAUGGAAACAAAAGCAUCGCAGCCACUAACUUUGAAGGAAAACACUGGUAAAUGUAUGGAGAUUUUUUCACAUAAACCUAGUAGUCUGAACCACACAGCUUUGAUUCAUAAACAAGGAAACAGCAAUUUUGAUGAAAAAACAUCUGAACAAAUGAUUCAUGAAGACAAAUUUUUUGAUUGUGCAUCUACUAGAAACCAUCAUAAGAGAUUCUCAGCUCAUGAUUUUACAAAUGACAGUAAGAUUUCAGAAGUAGAUGAUGCAGCACAACAGACCCUCAGCAGUUCAAAUGUACAUUGCUUACGUAAUAAAAUAUUAAACAGAAAGCUGGACCUAUCAGAAAAGAGUUCACAAAUUUCUAAAGAAAAUGGCCACCCUUUCCAGGCUUGUUCUUCAAGAUCAUUUGAGAAUAAUACUUAUCUAUCUAUUGGCAUGGACUUACAUUCUCCACCCUUUAUCUAUUUGUCUGUUCUAAUGGCCAGAAAGCCAAAGGAAGUUACUACUGUGACAGUCAAAGCGUUUAUUGUCACUUUAACUGGAAAUCUCUCAAGUUCUGGUGGCUUUUGGGGUGUAACUGCAAAAGUUUCUGAUGGUACUGCAUAUCUAGAUGUAGAUUUUAUAGACGAAAUACUUACCAGUAUGAUAGGGUAUUCAGUACCAGAAAUGAAACAAUUAAGAAAGGACCCUCUUAAAUAUAAAACAUUCCUAGAAGGGUUACAGAAAUGUCAGCGAGAUCUGAUCGAUUUGUGUUGCCUGAUGACUAUUUCAUACGAUCCUUCUUCAUGUAAAGGGGUGGUGCUGGAAUUGCAAGAUGUUGGUAUGGAACACGUGGAGAACCUAAAGAAACGGUUGAAUAAAUAAUUUGCCAGAAUGCUAUUGGAGCACACUUUAAAACAGGCAAAUAUUUGGAAUCAAAUUUGUGUAUUCUCAGUUUUGGAAUUCUGUAAGAAAAAGCUUCAGAGCUUAAAGCUGGGGCAGCUCCGCGGUUGACAGACACAGUGUCUGCCAAGUGUGGUAACUGGAGUUUAACCAUCUGGUCUCUCGAGGCAAAAGGCGAGACCCUGCUUCCAGAAUCCGUUGGUAGUCCUCUACACAGGUGGCAGAGGACACACACACACACACACGUACUAAAUAAAUGACAUUUAAAAAUAAAGAUAUUUAAUCAAAAUA